CAUUCGGGAGAACAAUGGGCUGGGACGGGGCCGCGGCCGGGCGGCUCCUCCUCGCCCGCCUCCCCCUCCUGCUCGCCGGCGGCGGGGCGGGCACAGCGCGGACCCGCCGCUCUUUCGCCCUCCCAGCCUCAGCACAGCAAGUUUCGGGCAGAGCCGGGCUGGCUCGGAGCGCAGCUGCUUGGCUCGCAAGUUUCACUUCAAAAUGGAAAAAAAGACCAAAUGGCAAAGCAACCCUCUGAUUUGAAUUCCAAGUGCGGCAGUGAAGACAGACAGUUGCAGCGUAGUGAAAGGCCAAGUCAGCCUCAGCCCGUUAGGCCUGGGGCCCCUACCUCUAUACAAACACAGUAUCAAGGUAACCUUUCAGGUGAGGGGGACGGCUCUUCACCCAGCAGCCCUCAGGGACCAUUUGCGCCACCCACUAGCCCCAGUCCGUUUGCAACCAGAUCCCCACUUUUCAUCUUUGUAAGAAGAUCUUCACUGCUGUCUAGAUCCUCCAGUGGGUAUUUCUCUUUCGACACAGACAGGAGUCCUGCGCCUAUGAGUUGCGACAAAUCCACACAGACUCCAAGUCCCCCAUGUCAAGCCUUUAAUCAUUAUUUAAGUGCAAUGGGUAAGCAAGAUCAUGGUCUACAAAGCACUGUCCUUGGAUUUUGGCUUCUAACAAAUACCAUUACAGCUUCCAGGUGGCAAUAUCGAUCAAUACCUGAAGAUAUGCAGCCAGAAAUAUGGAUUGCACAGGAAUUACGGCGGAUUGGAGAUGAGUUUAAUGCUUCCUAUUGCCCAAGACGGGGCUUCUGGGAUAACCAAGGAGUAAAUCACCAGAUUAUUUUGCGCCUCUUGCAUUAUAUCAUCCGCCUCAUUUGGAGAAGACAGUGAUUGACGCUGACUCUGGAUGCUCUGAGAUUUGUUUACUUGUCAGAACCCAGGAGGAGUGCAUGCUAAUAAUGCAUUUGAGAAAUCCUCCUUUUUCUUAAAGAACAUCACAUAUUGGAAGGAGCAGUGGGACUCCAUGCUUGUAAAAACAUGCACAUGGACCUAUAGUUUUGUCUGCUGUCAGACAAAACAGGGAGUUCACUGUGAAGAAGCAGAAAUGAACUGUGGAAAUGGACAUAUUUGAACUUCCUGAAGCACAAUUUCUCUUGAAAGUGUUGUUUACGCUGGUUUUCCUUGAACUUUUUAUGGACUGAGAUUAAGGAAAAUAUUCAACCAUUAUUGAAUGAUUUUCCUGCUCACUUCUGGAAACUGGUGGGCUGAUCUGCAUCAUGCUGCGGCGGACUUAACUGAGCCACCUGACUUGCAGAGCUGCCUCAGUUUAUUUUAUAAAAUUGCUGUACAGCUUUCUUGCUCCAGCAAGGAGAGGUCAGACUUAGAAUAGGUUCUCUCUGUUCAUUCGCUGAUCACUUUCAUUCAAAAGAAUGAAGGGAUUUGCAUCGGCUCUCCAUAAUCCGGCAGGUCACUUAACACCUCUUUAAAUUCAACUGCACUUGUGUGGCAUAAACAGCAUGUGCCCUGCUAACUUCAGGCUGCAGUCAAGCACAGCUGGAGCUCUCCUGCCAUGAGCUGUCCACCUCCACCAGCUUAGAAACCAGAAUCUUGAAGUUGAUCUGAAAUUUGAGGCAUAAAUGUAAAAAUGUCAUGGUCCAAAAACACACCAGGUUGCCUUUCUUAAAGUUCUUUAUAUAAAGUGUGUAUGGAUACAUUUAUGUAUUAUAAUAUAUUAAUGUUUGAGAUGUGGAAUGAUUAAAGCAAUAACAUAUUGUCUGUGUGGGCCUAAACAGACCCAAUACACUGCAGUCUUACCCAAAAGUGAAGGGUCCUACUGCAUAAUUUCAGGAAAUAUUUGAAACCUCACUCUAUUUUACAGUUAUUGUUGAUAAAACCCAGUUGAUGGUGUUUGGGUGUUUAAAACAUUUUGGAUUUGUGCUGAAGGCAUGUUUUGAAGAGAGGUGAGGAACAAACAGCUAUAAUGGUUGAAUGCAUGGACUACUGACUUUACUGCUUUGGUGUGAGGACCAAAAGUGGAAUAUCUGCAGUGAUCAUGGUGGUUCAAAGUCCAAAAGGUUAAUAAGUAGAUAUCCAACAGGAACAAAAGUUCUAUCAUUUUGAAAGAUGCUACUGUUCACAGCAGAAUUUCCACAUAAGGUUUUAAAAUGGUACAUACUUGUAAGACCACUCAUAGUAUACAUACACGGUGGAGAAUUGAUUAUAUUCUUCACAAGACACAAGUGUUGAGGAUGAACAUGCAAGAGAAUGAAGUUGACAUAAGAUUCCUGGACCUGGCAUCCCUAUUCACUGGAUAUGGGGAGGUGUUCAGCACAGACAUAAGAUUUAGCAUAUUUUUCCUUUAGUUAGACAUUUCUUGUGUGGAGUGCUCCAUUAGUACGCCCCAAUAGUUUGCAGAAGUUAUUCCGAAAUGAUACAUCUGUGAUGCCACGGGUGGCAAGAGCUGGCAUUUGUGAUGUAACAGAAUGAUGUAUUUGAUUACAACUUGAGCGAACUAGGAAGUAAAAGGAAGAUUUCAUAAAAAGGAAAAGCUUUAAUUUUGGGGGUGGAGGGGAAGUCAGAGGGAGGCAAGUUAAAACACGUGCUGAACACCACCCAGAACUUGCUGAGUGGGCAUUGUAGCCACAAAUCUAGACUAAAUUGAAUUUUAUUCUUUUGUUUUGUGGUUCACCUCUUAAUGCAACAGGAAACUGUAUGACAGGUGCUCGAGGGCUAUGUAGUUCCUUUAUACAGAGGGUGUGCAUUUAUGCAUAAAUUUGCCCUAGUCUGUCUUCAGGUUUGUCUGUCAUCUUGCGACCAGUGCCAAGAGCCUGCAUGAGUGAUUCAUUCGGUUCCUGUUUGCUGCAGUCUACUUCAGAAGACCACAGAUUUUCUGGUUUCAUCAACACCAUAGAAAGAAUGGGAUAGCUAUUUUUCCAAAAUGUUGCAAUAUAUUUAUCAGGAGAAGCCAUUGUAUGUGCAUAUAUUUUUAAAAAUUGUAAUGAGUUUGUAUAAUAUGUACUCUAUGCACUGGCCGCCAGUGCCUAUCUGUGCUAGGUAAAAGGUUUCUAGUCCAGACAUGGCUCUGCUAGCAGACUCCAGAGUGCAGUGAAUCAAGAGGGUAGAAACACACUUUGGCUUUGUAGGUCAAGGAUGUUAGCUUCAAUUAUCAAAGCAAUGGGUUUAUUUGAUACUUUUUAAGUUUUUGAGGGAAGUGGUCUUUUCAAAUAUCUGGAGUUUCAGAGGCAGAACUCUAGAGGUCCUAAUCAGAGAUUAUCAUCCAUAUUACUGGGUGGGGGAGGAUAUAAAUUCAUUGCUCUUCCAUUUUGAACACUGCUUACACAUUGGGGUCUCAUAGCCAUUAUAAGGAUUAGUAAGAAGUCAGGUUUUCCAAAAACAAGAGAUUGUGGUCAUCUUCUGAACUUGAAACCAUUAGAUAUAAUCAUCUAGUUCCAGCUAUUACUGUCUUGAAACUUCCUUAGUUAAGACCACAUUAUUCACUGGGUUUCCAUGAUGAACUGAAGUAAACAGGCUUGAAACUUUUAUUUACAAUAUAUCUUUCUGAACAUACCAAAGAAACUGUUUUCAGUACGACAUGUGCUUCUAUGGUUGAAACACUUCUGAAGUUCUUUUUAAAUAUAGAGUCUUCAGAAACGUCAGCAUAAUUUCUCCCCAUGAUUUUUGCCCUUUCUCCUCUGCCUCCAUCACCCUGAGUCUCACAUGCUCCCCUUCAGUGAGGCUCUGCUGGCCCAGUGCCUGGAGACUUUUGUGUGCUUUCUUGCAUAUUUACCUCUGGCAUGGUAUUGCAACAGGUUUGCCUCUACGCUGUGGCUUCAAACUAGCUAGCUUCCUGUAAACCCUACAAAUAAUCUUAAGGGCUGCUUGCAGACAUUAAAAAGAACCCCCCCCCCCCCACCCCCCCAGCUUGUUUCUUUAAACUUGACAUACUUCAGUGCCGAGCCCAGCACAUGCCCAGAAGAAGCAGUGCAUUAGUUGGACCCAACUUGCCCAAUGUCUACACAGAUUGGGCACUUCAGCGGGGCUUUUGUGCCACUUUUAUCUAAUAGCUGACUGAAUCAGCUGUUAGAUAAAAGCCCCUCUGAAGUGCCCAAUCUAUACGGACGUUGUGGAGGUGGGUCAAAGAAACGUGCUGCUGUUUCUGGUAAAGCAUGGUUUUUGGUUUGUGGUGUGUUUUUGUUUUUUGUUGUUUUAAAUGUCUGCAAGCAGUCAAGAAUUCAAUUAAUUAUAUGAACAUUAAAAAAAUAUAUUCAUACCAUGUGACUUGGACUUUUCUGUACUCGUUUAUCAAGAUGUUUUCUAUAGAAAUUAAUACAGUAUGUAUACCUUCAAAAAAUUAAAACUAUUCCCUUUGUUUUUGACAAUUGUAAAAGCAGGUUUUGUGCCUUGACAACCCUCCUGCCCAGGUCAGAUGCGUGGGUUUGUUUGUUUUUUGUUUUCUUUUUUUAAAGAUCCCUACAGCAUGACAUUUAAAAGUCUAUAAAAAUCAUUUUAGCUGUGCUGUUAGUUGACUAAUCGAAUAAUUUCUUUAAAUUUCCUAUUAUCCUUACUUCGUAUAUCCUGCCAAAACUAUUUUAUGAAGAAUUGUCUUUGGUUGUGGACAAACCAGAUUCAAACCUCUUAUUGCAAAAAACUUGUGUUAAAAGGUAUUAUGCUUCCCCCCUCUCUCCCCCCAAUAAUUGUAAAUAUUUGAGUAUUUAUUAGAUUAGGGCAACAUUAUUUUCACUAUCUGAGCCAAAUGCCUGUGUGCAAUGUUUCCUUUCUUUUCUUAUUAUGUUAUGUAAAAAUGUUGUACAGCAUAUAAAUAAGUAAAAAUUACUGUUUUUCUACACUUUUUUUUAGAAUUGGACUUGGUAAAUGCUGUAGAUUCCCAUUUCUGUGUAAUUAAUGCACUCUACUGUUUUGUAAUACUGUAACUUGUAGAAACAUUGUAUAUUUAUUUUCUGCUUAUUUAAGUUCCUGUAAAGUUUGUUUUUCCUGAAUUUACUGGUGUGUAUAUGGAAUUAGUGAUUGAUCAGUUUACAGCAUUGUCUUGUUCAGUGCAAUCGGUAAAGUCUAGUUAUGGAGUAGAAUUUUCAGGUCACAUAAGCACAAAGGAGUUUAAGUGCCAUUGAGAGUCAGUGGGAUUUAAGUUUCUUUUGUUUAAGAUUUUGAAAAAUAUUUCUACUACAUAGGCACUCAUUUUUUUUCCCUACAACUUGGUCACCUUUUUUGGGCUCAGCCAUUUAGCUCAAUGAUACAAAGACAAACUUCAAAUAAAAUACACUGUGGAGUGGCAAGUUAGCAUGUUGCUCUGUAGUUCCUAAGUGUCAAUUCAUCAAAAAUAAUCUCAUCCCUCUAAGCAGGGCAUGAUUAAAUCCUAGAGGCUGAGGGCAGUUUAUUCAAACAGUUUAUUGAACAGAGAGAGUGUUGUGAAGCUAGUAACUUUUUCAGGCUUUCUGCAACAUGCAGAUCUCUACCCUCUUAUCCCCAUUGCCUUUAACUCUCACCCAAGUCUGUGCGCCAACAAUGAACACAGUCUACCUUAUUCCCCAUCCAGAUGAUAAAAGUAAGAUUCAGGCAGUAAAUUUCAGUACACUAUCUUUAUAGUGUUUCAACUCAAUAAUUAUGGGCUAUUAAACAUCUUGUCCUUCAGAUUCAGUUUACACAGUGCAGGAUAUAGCUAUUACCUCAUAAAUGAAAAGCAUCUGCAAGUUUAUUAAUAGAACUACUUUUAUUUUUAGGGAAUAAAUUUUGCACCCUGCUUUCAAGACUGCCAGUUAUUGUAUCAAAUUGCCUUAACAUCAGGUACAAAUAUAACCAUAGCACUGACCUUGUACUGAUUAAUCACUAACUUGUUUCAUAAGACCCAGCAUAUGUAGCAUUUUUAUUGCAAUUUCCCUGGCUUACUUGUGUUGCACUGAUGAAUUUUUGACAGGGUAAUUGCCACUUUACUUGUGCAAUACUGCUGUAAAUAAUUGCAGAUAUUUUUUAAGAUGCAAUUCUUUUAUGUUCUUAAUAAUGAAUUUUAUAUGAAUAAAACUUUCAACUGGUA